UUUCGACCCAUUCCCGGCCCGUUCGACUCCGACAGCGGCAGCCUCUUCCCGUCCUUCCCCCCGGCGCACGUGUUCAAGGCGGACGUGCCGGGGCUGAAGAAGGAGGAGGUCAAGGUGGAGGUUGAGGACGGCAACGUCUUCCAGAUCAGCGGCGAGCGCAGCAAGGAGCAGGAGGAAAAGAUGGACACGUUGCACCGCGCGGAGCGCGGCGGCGGCAGGUUCCUCCGCAGGUUCCGCCUCCCCGAAAACGCCAAACCCGAGCAGAUCAAGGCGUCCUCCACCGUCACCGUGCCCAAGGAGGAGGCCAAGAAGCCCGACGUCAAGUCCAUUCAGAUCUCCGGCUAGAUGCCAUC